AUGAAGCUGCUGCGCCGAGCGUGGCGGCACCGGACAGCGUUGGGCCUGGGUGGCUUAGCGCUCUGCGGCGCCACUCUGCUCUACCUGGCACGCUGCACGGACGAAGGCCCGCGGUCGGGUCGCCCCCAACCGCGUGCGGGGCCCGUCGCCCGCGCUGCCUCUUCAGCCCUCCUGGCAGUGCUGGUGGCUAGUGCGCCCCGGGCGGCCGAACGGCGCAGCAUCGUUCGCAGCACGUGGUUGUCGACUCCGAGGCGCGGCGGACCGAGCGACGUGUGGGCACGCUUUGCCGUGGGAACGGCCGGCCUGGGUGCCGAUGAGCUGCGUGCUCUGGAACGUGAGCAGGUACGGCAUGGUGAUCUCCUGCUAUUGCCUACGCUGCACGACUCCUACGAAAACCUGACUGUCAAGGUGCUGGCCAUGCUGACCUGGCUUGACGAGCACGUGGAUUUUGAGUUCGUGCUCAAGGCGGAUGACGACUCAUACGCACGCCUGGACCUAAUAGUGGCGGAGCUGCGGGCACGAGACCCAUCACGCCGCCGCCGCCUCUAUUGGGGCUUCUUCAACGGCCGUGGCCGAGUCAAGCCUGGCGGCCGGUGGCGUGAGAGCUCCUGGCAACUUUGCGACUAUUACCUGCCCUACGCACUGGGCGGUGGCUACGUGCUCUCAGCCGACCUGGUGCACUAUCUGCGGCUCAGCCGGGAGUACCUGCGCGCCUGGCACAGCGAGGACGUGUCACUGGGCACCUGGCUGGCUCCUGUGGAUGUGCAGCGUGAGCACGACCCUCGUUUUGACACCGAAUACAAGUCCCGUGGCUGCAGCAACCAGUAUUUGGUGACGCACAAGCAGAGCCUGGAGGACAUGCUGGAGAAGCACCAGACGCUAAUGCGUGAGGGCCGCCUGUGCAAGGAAGAAGUGCGACUGCGCCUUUCCUACAUCUACGAUUGGUCGGCGCCGCCGUCACAGUGCUGCCAGAGGAAGGAGGGCAUCCCCUGA